AUGUCGCCCAUCUCAAACCUGGCCCUCAAGGCCGCUCUCUUGGUCCCUCUCGUAAAUGCCGCCUCAUGCAGCAAUGAGACCUACACCCACAACGGCCUCAGCUGGUCCGACAGCAUCCGCAUGAACCAAGUUCAGGUCAUCGGCACCCACAACUCAUACCACCGCGAGGCGCCCUUGGUAGAACACCCAGCCCAGGCCGCGCUUCUCACCGAUGUCCAAAACUACUACUAUUCCCACCCGUCCCUCGACAUUCAGCUGAACUACCAGUCCAUCCGGAAUCUCGAGCUCGACAUCUAUGCCGACCCAAAGGGCGGCCACUACGCCACGCCCCUGAUCCGCAAGCUCGCGAACCUUUCCACGACCCCGGAUCCCGAUCUUCUUGCCCCGGGCAUCAAAGUGCUGCAUGUCGCCGACGCAGACUACCACCCUACCUGUAAGACUUUCAUCGGGUGCUUGAAGAUUGUCAAGAAGUGGAGCCACGCGCACCCUGACCACGUCCCCAUUCCCUUCAUGAUCGAAUUGAAGACCCCAGACGCCACCCUCACAGCAGCCGGCGGCGCGUCUCAGAUUCCCUGGAACGACACGGCGCUGCUCAAGGGCCUUGAUCACGAGAUCCGCAGCGUCUUCGCGCCCAAGGACCUCAUUACCCCCGACGAUAUUCGCAGGGGCAACUUGACGCUGGAGCAGUCCGUCUUGCGGUACGGUUGGCCCGAUUUGGAGAGCGCCCGCGGCCGGGUGCUGUUCCUGAUGGACAACGGGCCCGUCAACCCGAUCCGUGACACUUACACCGAGGGACACCCCAACCUUGAGGGCCGCGUUCUCUUCACCAACUCGGCGCCCGGAAACUCUGACUGCGCAUUUCAAAAGCUCAAUGACCCCACAGGUACCCAGCAAGCCAAUAUCAAGGCGCAGGUCAAGGCGGGUUACUGGGUUCGCACGCGCGCCGACAUCCCGCUCGAUACCUUGCUGUCCAACGACACGACAGGGAUGCGCAAAGCUGCGUUCUCGAGCGGCGCGCAAAUCGUGACGACCGACUUCCAGGCGUAUGGCAUGAGCAGCCGCUGGAACGUCGACUACGCCGUUCGCUUCGAGGGCGGUGCGGCGGUGCGGUGCAACCCCGUCAACGGGCCGGCUCACUGCACGAGCAAGGGGUUGGAACCCGAUGAAUAUGUUCGCAACUAG